AUGAUCAGCUUCAAGAACCUCAUCAAGCUCGCAAGAAAGGGGCAAAGGAUAGCUGCCCUCAAGAGGGAAAGGAUUUCGUUACAAAAAUUCAAUAGAAGUAGUAGAUCGUCAUCAGUUGUUAAUAAGGGUCAUUUUGUUGCUUACACAAGGGAUCAAAAGAGAUUUGUGUUUCCUAUAACAUAUCUCAGUAGUCACCUUUUUCAAGAACUCUUGAGGAUGUCCGAGGAAGAGUUUGGUUUACCAAGCGAUGGGCCAAUCACAUUGCCGUGUGAUGCAAGCUUCAUGGAGUAUGCAACCUCGUUGAUCAAAAGUUGGGUUGAUAGGCAAAUGGAGGAAGCUUUAGUCAUGUCUAUUGCCAGCAGUAGAUGCUCAUCAAUGUCUCAUUCUAUCUACCAUGAACAAGUUGGCCACCAAUUAGUUGUUUGUAAUUGA